GGUAUCUUCCCAGUUGUUUCCAAUGGCCAUGAGGCGCUUGAAUUUGGUAGCUUUGUUGCUAAUAUCAGGGUUGACUGUGAUUGUCUCACAACAGAAGGAGAUUGUUAUGGACGAAGAUAUACCGAUUUUGAAAGCCGAUAAGCACAUUGCGUAUAUUAACAAUGUUCCAGUUGAAGAAAUUAUACCUUGUCACAUGGAAAUUCAAGACACGAAAGAAGUUGUUGGAACCUGCGUCCGAUUGGGAAGAGCGACUCGCGGCUGUGCUGCUGGAAAUUAUCUGCAGCCUCUCCAUCCCCAAUGCCUCUAACUUAGGAACAACUGAUGAAACAAAUUGAUGCUGCUUAUUUUUAAAAAUGAAACGCAUGGGCACAAACAUGUUAUUUUAUUUUGCAGUCUUUUUUUGCUACCAAUAAAAUAAAAUUAAGUAAA